AUGAAGUGUCAUUAUGAAGUACUAGAAGUUCAACGGGAUGCUGAUGCUGAUGAAAUAAAAAAGAAAUAUCGAAAAUUGGCGUUAAAAUGGCACCCUGAUAAAAAUCCGGAAAAUAUUGAAGAAUGCACCAAAUAUUUUGCUCUCAUUCAAAAUGCAUAUGAAGUUUUGAGUGAUGAAAGAGAACGUGAUUUCUAUGAUCGACAUCGGGAAAGUAUUCUUAAAGGUGGAUUCGAAGAUGGUGAAGUGAAAGAAAGCUUGAAUCUCUUCAAAUACUUCAGUGCUUCUUGUUAUAAAGGUUAUGAUGAUGAUAAAAAUGGAUUCUUCAGUGUAUUUCGAAAAGUAUUCAAUGUAUUAGCAUCGGAGGAUUAUGAUGAAUUAGAUAAAUUCGAUGAUCGAAUAGAAGAAUAUCCAGAUUUUGGAAAUUCGGAAAGCGAUUAUGAUAAAGUUGUUGCCAAGUUUUACGGGUUUUGGGGGACAUUUACAACUCAACGAUCAUUCGCUUGGUUGGAUAAAUAUGAUAUUCGACAAGCUGAUAAUAGAUGGGAAGCUAGACAAAUUGAAGCCGAAAAUCGAAAAUUCCGCGAAGUUGGAAAACAAGAGAGGAAUGAUCAGAUUCGACAACUUGUGGCUUUUGUGAGAAAACGCGAUCCACGUGUAAAGGCAUAUAGGUAAGAUUUUUGAGAAAAGUAAUUAUCUGAAAAUCACGAAAAAAUGUUCCAGAGAAUUGUUGGAGAAAAAACAAGAAGAAGCUAAAAAGAAGCAAGAGGAAAAUAGAAAGAAACAAAUUCUCGAAAAUCAAAAACAUUAUCUCGAAGAUAAAGAAGCUGAAGCCGAGAGAAUUGCUCAUCUUAUCGAAGUUUCUAUGCAAAUGGCUGAAGAUGAUUCAUGUAGUGAAGAAGAAGGAGAAGAUUUGCCAUACUGUGUUGUUUGUAACAAAUCUUUCAAAACAGUGUAAGUUUUCAUUAAAUUUUAAAAAAAGAAAUCAGUUGUAUAUUCGAAAUUUUUCAGUAAUGCCAAACUGAAUCAUGAAAAUUCGAAACAACAUAUAAAACAACUCAGUGAGCUCAAAAAGCACAUGAAAGAAGAAGAUUCGACACUUUUUGGUGAGUUCUGAGUUAGUAUUGACGUUUUUAAAAGAAAAAAAAACUUUUACAGAUUCUAAAACUGAGACGCCAUCUCCAUCUGCCGAAAAAGGAGGAAAAGCUGCGAAGAAAAAUCGGAGGAAAAAAGGAAAUGGAAUAUUUGACUAUGAUGAAGAGGAUAUUAUAAAAGUAGAGACAUUAAUGACUGAAGAAGCAGCUGAAGAAAAAAUAGAAAAUGAAGAAAAUAAAGGCGAAAUAUCAGAAGAACCUGAAAUUAAAAAAGAGAAAAAGAAACGAAGAGCUGAUAAAAAGGCUAAAACUGAAGAAGUUGAAGACGAAGAUGAUAAAAAGGAUGAUCAAUUUGAACCAAAAACUGGAAAAUGUGAUCGAUGUAAACAGGUAAGAGCUAUUUGGGAUGGUUUACAUUUCAAAACACAAUGUGUUUUAGGUUUUUGAUUCACGCACAAAAUUAUUUGCUCAUUUGAAAGAGACAGGUCAUGCAACGCUUCUAGUCAAUAAAAAAGCAGAUCCGCCAAAAAAGAAAGGCGGAAAAAAGAAUCGCAAAGAUUCUGAUGAUUGGUAG